AUGAUAGUGAAGCCCCUGGGAAGCGUCUGCGGCGGCGUCGUGGUCCUCCGUGGUGUUUGUUCCGUCGCAAGCGCCUCCAGUCGCUCGUCGAAUCUGCUUCGUGUGUGCCACUCCUCACCUCCGUCUGUGUCGAACUGGCCAUCUUGGCUCCGCCGUGUUCCGCCUCAUCUGCCUCCGGCGUCGUGCCUCCUCUAUAUCUGCUACCUCCGUCUCUGUCGUCCUCUUGUUGGUUCGCUCCUCUGCUGGAUCUGCUCUGUUCGUGCCGAAGCUCUGCUCGUGCGGUCACCUGUCCUCGCCGGUGGCCUGCGUCUUCGACGGUGGAACGGCCCCAACCCGUCGCUGAGUGCUGACUUUGGUUCUUCUUCUGACAUUCUGCAGUGUAGAGCACUCUUUAAAGUCUUCUGGUUCAGCCGUGCUUUGUUCCUCUGCUGCUGGUCUGCUCCGAUCGUCUCCUCUACUGAAGCUGAAAUAUUGAACCUUGAUUCUGCUGAUGUUGUGGUUGAAAAUAUUAGUGUUAUAUCUGUUUUUGGUUUUGAACCACAUUCGGUUUUGCCAAUUGGUGUUGUUGCGCUUGCCGACAACACAAGGUUUAUGCCUAUUCCAAAGAUAAAGGUUCUUGCUAGUAGUGCGGUAUUCUAUACACCAUUUUUGAGACACAUAUGGACAUGGUUGGGUCUUACACUAGCAACAAAGAAAAACUUCCUCUCCCUCUUGGAUAAUGGCUACAGUUGCAUUUUAAUACCUGGUGGAGUGCAAGAAACAUUUCUCGUGGAGCAUGGUACCGAGACUGCCUAUCUCAAGGCAAGAAAAGGAUUUAUCCGCAUAGCAAUGCAGAAGGGCCAACCCCUUGUUCCGAUUUUUUGUUUUGGACAGUCAGAUAUCUAUAAGUGGUGGAAACCUGGUGGGAAGUUAAUUCUGAAUUUUGCAAGGGCUAUCAAGUUCACCCCCAUAUACUUUUGGGGAAUUUUCGGAUCUCCAAUACCAUUCAAGCAUCCAAUGUAUAUUGUUGUGGGUAGACCGAUUGAGCUUGACAAAAAUCCAAAACCAACAGCAGAAGAGGUUGCUACGGUGCAUAGUCAGUUUGUUGUAUCACUUCAAGAUCUUUUUGAAUGGUACAAAGCUUGUGCUGGAUAUCCAAACCUUGAGUUGAGAAUUGUCUGA